AUGGUGUUCAAUGACGCAUGGCUGCUAUUUUUCGAUGUGUUUAGUUUUAGAUUCUCUCUCGAGAUUCCGUCACUGUCACCGUUGAUGCUGUGGUGUACUACUGUAUCACUGACGCGACGACUGCGGUAUUAAGAUUAUCCUUUUUCCUAGUUUCUUAUUUUUCUAGGUUGUUGCUGUCGAAAAUGCUGAAAACUCAACAAAACUCUUAGCUCAAACUACUCUCCGAACGAUCCUUGGAACCCACACUUUGACACAAAUCCUCUCAGAACGUGAAUCGAUCUCUCAUCAUAUGCAGGUUUACUUCUCUUUAAGAUUUUACGGAUUGAAAGAUUGAAAAUUUCAAGUUUUAGCUUUGAAAAAUAUUUUUAUACAAAAAGUUCUUGUUUUUUAUCUCUUCAAAUAAUACGGUGAAUAAAUUAUUCCGUAUUUGAAGGUGUUAUAGCCUUUAUGGGAUUUAUGAAAGGUUUUUCUUUAGAUAUCCAAGUUCAAAAUAUUCUACUAGUUGCUGAAAAGAACUGUAAAUAUUUUCAGUUACAGGUUGAUUCGGUUUUCACAAAGAAUGAAAAUUGCACGCGUAGCUCUAGCAACCGCACAGAACGUCAAAACAUAUUUCUUGCUUUUUGUUUGUGUCUUUUUCUCGCAAAGCACUUGGUUGAUCCCUUGAGUGCACCUAAGAAUCAAAGAUUAAAUACAUUGAGUCUUUGGUUCCGAUAUUUAUUGUCCGUUUUACAAAAAAAAAAACCGGCGCAUUGAUGCAGUGGAACCGUUUUUUGUUUCUUCUCGGUAAGAUGAUCUAUCUUUUUUCCAAUCACAUUCCUGUGUUUAAACGUCUUUCUGAGAACAUUUUCACAAUCAAAAUUUGCUAUAUAUAUUUUUUUUACAAGCAUAAUUAAGCGCAAAGAAUAGUUUACAGGUUGCUCUUGACGAAGCCACGGAAUCCUGGGGCGUGAAGGUGGAACGCGUGGAGCUGAAAGACGUGAGGCUCCCGUCGAGUAUGCAGAGAGCAAUGGCCGCCGAAGCCGAGGCCAGCAGAGAAGCCGGAGCCAAGGUACUUCCAUCUCCCACUUACCAAGAAUCGGAUUCUUCCGGGUGUGAAUAAGAGUCAGAUGAAAGUUCUACUCAAAGAAUUAUUAGGUCAAUCAGAAAGUACCGUUAAAACAGUAACUUGAGGAAAGAGUUGAAAAACGUUUCUGAUUUUAUGAAUUCCUUCCAGUAUUUCAGUUCGCGUACCUAAAGCAAUAAUCUAAAAUAGCUCAUAUUUUAUAAAAUUUUAUCCUAUUUGGUCUUCAAUACGAGUUUUUUCCCUUUGAUAAUUUUUGAAAACGAGUUUUUCUCCCUCAGUUACCGAAUGUCUGUUAAUAAAUACACGUUUUCAGUUGAUUGCCGCCAAGGGAGAGUUUGUUGCUUCACAAGCGCUGUCGGACGCCGCCUCCGUCGUGAGUUUUCUUCUUUCCUGAAGAAACCGGAGAAGGUGACCGGAAAAUGAUGAUUAUGUGUUAAGAUUAACAGCGCGCCAGGCGCCAUGCAGCUCCGCUACCUUCAGACUCUCCAAACUAUCAGGUAACCCCGACUUUUUUUUAACUUGCGUGGGUCGAUGGCAACUCACGUUUCACACCUUGUUUAUCGUCAUUUAAUCUUUUGUUUCAGUGCUGAGAAAAACACGACGGUUAUUUUCCCGUUCCCCAUCGAAUUGUUCAGCGGAUUUUUGAACAAGUUUGUGUUUGAAUUUUGUUCUCGCACGCUGAGUUUGACCUCGAUUUCAUGGGAAAUGCGAAUUUUUUCAGAUUGACUGGGGCGGCGCCAUCCUCAUCAAAUACUCAGCUCAACGAAAUUCUCAACCAUCGAGUCUGAAAUAUCCCCUCAUUUGCGCCUUUCAAUGUUUCUAUGAUUGAUUUUUGCUUCCAAAGCAGUAUUUUGCACAAUUUGUAUAAAUCGAAUUUCCCACCAUUACCAAAUAAAUUAUUGAUUCCAAGCUUCAUUUUCUAUUUAUAGUGAACGGUUAUUUUUCUAUUUAACGUACUGCAACAUACAUAACAGUCCUUCCCCCUGGAAGAUUGAUCAGAAUUCAUUUUAGGAUCAUAUGUACAAAAAAAGAAAAAGAUAUUUUACGGCCGAAAAAAGAGAUUUGUGGUGAGAAAUUGGUGGUAACAGCGUGGCCGAAGUGAUCGGAAUUUACAGCCUGCCAAAGAAUAGCUCUCGGCAGGGUCAAACGGAAGCCGAGAAGCCGAGAAGGCCGUUGGAAGUCGUCCAACUCUCCGUUUACUGCGCUGCCGUUCCGCGGGGGUCACCAGACAUCCUCUGCCAGGUGUCCACCGUUUCUUAUUUCAGCUCGCCCAGCUCAUCUUAUCCCCCACACUUUUUCCCCUCUCUCUUUUCCGACGCACUUUUUUGGACUGUUAACGAGUCCAGAUGCGUUCAGACACUCAUCUAAAAACCUCGUUUCAUUUCGUUUCUUGCAUCGUUUUCCUCGCAGCUGCGCGGCUGUCCCGAUCAUAUACUGUAUUUAAACUUUAUUUAUCGUUAGCUGUCGAGAAUUUCACAGAUACGUCUAAGCUUCUUUUUUUCCGAAAAGUCCGCUGUUCACAGAAAAAAUAAAUUUUAUAGUUUUCUAGUUUUUUUUUCGGUAGCGUCUGAAAUCGAAAUCACCAAAUCAAGUUGUGAGAAAACUUUUUUGAGAGAUCUUUUUAAAUUAAUGCACGUUAUAUGUAUAAGAAACAUAGUUCCUUUGAAGGUUAUAAACUUCUCGGUUUUUAUUCUGUUAUUAAAAUUCAUGUUGCAGCCUGAGUUGAAUAUUCUAUUAUUGGUAAACUCUUUUCUUCUGGUAGCUGUUAAAUGUCAGCUUGUUUCGUUGUGAAAAUAGACUUUUCAAAAAAGUCUUCGAAAAAAGUCCAAAGAAAAUCAUCUUUGAAGUUGUGUUUUCUAAAACAUUUAACGACCUCUUCCAGAAAAUUCAUGCAUUUUUCAAUUUCUGACUGACAUUCGCGAGAGAUUUCUGUCAUUUGUAAACUAGGCGAGUUAUCAGCUUGCUAGUUUCUUAUCACAUACUGACCACUUGCUAGCAGAAGUCUAUUGUUUUUUCCCCAUCUUCGCCUCCGAUCUGAAUGUCUCCAAUGUUAACAUUCUGUCGAUGGCUCACCGCCUUAGUCACGAAUGAAGCGCUUUCCUCCCAGACGCUGUACGUUUCGGCCGGGUCGCCGAUGGCACCUUUAUCGCUGUUUUUUUGUUCUCGAAAUAUUGUGAGUGAUAAGCGCUGCCCUCAACUUUCUCAGCAACGUUUGCAGGCUCCUAUUCCCUCUGAAAAGGUCUUCGGCUUAUCGAGCUUCAUUUUUUUUCGAAGAUUUUUCUAGCUUUUAUGAGCUUUUGUUAGGUCUCUUCCAAUCAAAAAUGUAUGGGGCUCCCUUUCAGAAAGAUAUUGUCUCGCUCCAACUGUGAGAUCAUAAGAAAUAAGAGUUGUUGGAAAGCCAAGCCACGCCCCUUCCUCCUAUCUUCUUCACUCUUCACACCCGAUUUCUUACUUCUUUCCACAUUUUUUUUGAGUUCAUCGCAACAAUUCCAAACCCAACUUAUUUUCCAGAAAUGAAACCGAAACUUUUGCUUUCGCUACUACUUUUCCAAGCAGUAAGCAGCGAGUUAUAUCCCAACGGACCGGGGGCCGGGGACAAGGUUUUCUGAAUAAUGGAUUGAGCUUGGAAUAACUUCAUUUGAAGAUUCUUGAUUAUACCGUGGACCAAAAUGCCAUUGUUCUGGAGUCUCCGUUGAUUUUCAUGGGGACUUCGGUGGACGAAAUCUUCCUUUCCCAUAAUGGAAUCAUUGGUCUCGACCUCAAAUUGCCAGGUAAAAAGCCAUGGUUAUUAGAAUAUAUGUGUGGUUCACAGAAAAAAUCGAACCUCUCCAAAAGAUUCGACAUCCAGCCAUCGCUGUUUACUAUGCCCCUGCUUCCGACGGCAACAUAUUUUACAGGUUGAGACGUUAAUCCAUCAUUUUGAUGUGAACUUUAUUUGAAAAUAUUCAAGUUUUCAGGCGAAUGAAAGCUUUUUUUUCUUUUAUUCUGACUGUAUGCUGAAAAUUGAUAUAUGAAAUGUUCUAAUACAUGAUUCGAGUCAAUUAUCACUAUGAGGUUUUUUAUUUUAGUCAUUCAAAGUUUUUUUUUAAGUUUUUGAUUCAAAAGUUUCUCAUAAAGUCUCUUUGCAACUUUUGCGAAACCAAAAAGAUUUACUUUUUUAUUUUUCUUGUAAGCAAUCUCUAUUGGAUGAAAAUUGAGAGAGGUACCAACAAAUAUCUGAUAUUGUUUACAAAGAUAUUUAUAAUCGGGGAAGCUUCAUUUUUUGUUCUCUGUUUUGAUGUGUUCAUACUCAGAAUAACUUCGGAUCCGGCGCUGUUGUCAAAACUGACUCGCGACGUGCAAAACGUCUUCUUCGACGCGACGACCUUCUCAGCGAAAUCGGCGGCGAUCAUCACUUGGAAAGACAUCCGAAAUGCAGAGAAAGACGAGCCGGCCUCCUUCCAACUGGCCAUCGUCUGGGACGCGCAGACCACCUUCACAGUCAUGUACUUCGAAGAGUUGCCUUGGAGUUCCUCCAUGGGCUACUACGCUCAGAGCGGAUUUGUUCAUUCCGAAGGCCAGUUCAUGGCUAACGUCAACUCGGGCGGUCCCGACGUCAGCGAACUCGGAGAGUGGGUCUUCGUUGCUCUUUGUAGCAGCUGAAGAUAUUUUUGCAGAUUGUCGAACAAUCCCUAUGGAAAUUCGUUCAUUUUCCGCGUUUCGAGCCCGAGCAUCGAGCAUCCGCGGGAGGAGGACGAGGAGUACGACUACAAGAACUACGAGAACAAUGCCGAGUACGACAGCGACGAGAAGAAAAAUCGUGAGUUUUACCGUCACUUUCUUCCCGAACAUUUUUCUAAAAAUCUCGAAAAUAAAAAACUUUAGUUUAGUUCUUCUUUUUUCUAUAUUUUUUUUAGCUCGAAGAUAUGUUCAUCAGUUAGCCAACUUAUUUUUUUUGAGAUGCAUUUUCUCUCUAUUUACACCAGAUUCCUCGUUAAAAGGCACGUAAUAUUUCUUUUAACCCUUUUUCCACGUUUCUUCAUUCUCUUUCGUGCCUCUUCUAUUUAUUUUUUUCUGAAUUUCAGUAAUUGGAAAGAAAUAGUACGAAGCCGCGUGUAAUUAAAAAUAUUUGAACAACAAAAUUUCUAAAAUCACCUGUUUUUGCGGUUUCAUGUUGGAUUCCAAGCAAGUUCGUUUUUUUCAAAAAUCUUACCCAUAUAUAUUUGAUUUUUUUGUACAUUUUUUUCAAAAUUUUACAGUACGUCAAAAAUUUAAAAUUUCAUGCGGAAUGUUCCCAUUUACAGAAAUUUCACCCACAAAGUUUCUCUUUUCAUUUUGCUUCAUAAAAAAAUUUAAGAAGGAGAAAAUACAGCGAAGGACUGCCCAAAGGACGUUUAUGCGAACAAUUGUCCAAAAGAAUGCAGCGUGUUGGUUGAUCGUCGCGGCUGCUCCAAGUGCAUCUGUGCCGGUACCAAUUUAUACUCUCGUGGCUUUUUUUCACGCUGAGAGAUCGCAGAAACUCCCGUCGGCGAGAACGAGCUUGGGAACGGAGAUGAGAGCCGGAAAAAUGCAGCUGCGGAGGCUCCAGAUGCGUCCCAACGGCUCGUUGAGCCUGAUUCCCAGUUGAAACCCGUCGCCGGAGGUGAUUUCAUUCGUUGAAAGACUUGAGAGAUUGAUUUAUGUUCAGCCGGAUCCUGCGCUCAGCGGACGGAAGGCGAAUGUCACGCUAAUUCUAUUUGCCAGUAAGUCUUUAUUUUGAACAGACUAAUUGGGGAAAAUGACGAGUGAGAUGACAGUGUCAUUAGAAAGAUUAUGAUUUUUUCCCAGAAGAUUUUAGUUAUCCGAUAUCGAAUUCCCGAUUGAAAAUUGUACGAAAAUUCAUUUGCCUUAAAUACGAAAACUUUUUUAAAUUUGUUUUUUUUUGUUCUUACCGUGCCUCAUAACUCAUACACGCCCAACUAAACUGAUUUUCGUCUCUCAGGUACAUUCAUCAAGAAUAAGGUUUAAAAAAACGGCUAGAUCUCAUUAAAAAAACUUUCGAUUGCACCAUUUUGAUGAAAAAAGACGCAAUAAAAAAAUUUUUUUCCAAGAUUUAUUUUUCAGAAAAAUCUUAUUUUUAUCACCACGAUAUAAAUUCUAUGAAAAUUGGCAGUUAAAAAGCUUUUACUUGGAGAAAAUAUGAAAAAAUUGAUAAUUUUUCAGAGAUUUCGACGUCGGCUACUGUUGUGUCUGCGACACGGGAUACUAUGGAAACGGCCGUGAAUGCCUGGCCAAAGGUCCGGAGACUUUCUUUUGACUUUCCAUGUUUCGGUUCAGGAGAACCCCAACGCAUAUCGGGUAGCUUCGAAGGAGUUAUCAACGGGAUUCCAAUUGAUCGAACUGACCUUCACACUUUCGUGACAGCUACUGACGGUAAUGUGUACACGGCGAUUUCGAAGGUGAUUGGCCCAAUUUUUGGGUCUUAAGCUAGAGAAGUUUCCAGAUACCUUCUGACUUGGGACAUCCUAUGCUGCUCCUCCAAGCUGUUGGCUCCAUCAUGGGAUGGCUCUUCGCCGAGGUCCCCUCUUUCUGAUCUGAGGGAAACUGGAUUGUAUUCAGGUACAGUCUCCGACAGCCUACAACGGCUUCCAAUUGACGGGCGGUCUGUUCAACCGGAGCGUCACCCUUCACAUCGGAAACGGCCAUUCCGUCAGCAUCAAACAGGAGUUCAGUGGUCGCGACAUCUACCACUACUUCAAGUCGCACGUCUACGUCUCCGGGACAGUUCCUGACGUCGCCCCUGGCUCAGAAAUCGUCUUUCCCGACUAUGAAGAAGAAUACCGACGCGAUAGACCUGGUAAUCCUUUUCCUCUUCCCCAUCAGAACAGUACGAUCAGGACACGUGAGCGCAUACACCGGAAUGGACGUCGAGGUGAAGGACGGCUCUUCUAGCGAGAAGAUCCGAAUCACCAUCGAUCAACAGAUUAACUUCGCCGAAUGUCCCCAUAGAACGGUUAGAUUGAAGUCUGGAUUCAUUCGAGUCAUCUCCUUCCUAUUAGUUUGACCGAGACGCGAUUGUCAGCUUACAAGUCAAAAGAGUCCACGUCACUUAUGACUCCACUGAAGGGAUCGUCAGGUGCUUGAUGAGGAAAGAGGCUUUUCAAGAACUAAGUCGCAGAUUUGGCGCCAAAAACUACGUGGCAAGGAAAGGAGCCGCGGCCGUUCAACCUGCGGUUCCGGCGGCUCCACUCUCUCAUCCCAACUUCGAUCGUCGCCAGCACGGACAGCCCCAACAGACUUCCGACCAGCCCAUCGAGAUUCCUAGCGUUCGUUUUUUCGAGAAAAACGAGUUCAAAAAAUACAUUAAGUUCUGAAGGCAACUUGAAGACCAAAUAAUAUGACAUGAAGCUGUAGAAAAUGCAUUUUUUCAAGGAAGAAACAUUGAAAAAUGAAAAAAGAAACCUUCAAAAGGUGAAUGUUACAGGACGACGCGUGUGCUCCUGGCCGCCAUUCCUGUACCCUGCCGCACAUGAAAUGCCGCGUCGUGGACCCUUCGUACCGCUGCGAAUGCCAUCCGGGAUUUCAGGCCAGCCACGACGCCAGUUCCCCCAUCGGCUGGAAAUGCGUCGGUCGGUGUCUUUUUCAUGUAAAAGAUGGGGAGUAAUGAUUGAGAAACUGUGAGAAACCAUGUUCGAAACAAUUCGGUAUCAGAAAAAGACGCAAACUCUCUCACAGUUUUUCAAAGAAGACCAAGAAAGUUUCGGAAACGGAGAGUUUUUCAAUUUUUUUUUGUUCCCUCGUAUAUUGGAUGUUUUUUAAAGUAUGGUCUCGAAAAAAAGUUUGUCUGAAAAGUUGACUUCAAAGAUGGAAAGUAGUGAGUAAAAUGAAAGCUUGAGUAGAAAAUAAAAAGCAGCAUUAGAAUUUCGCGCAAAAUUGAUAAUUUUUUUUUAACCGAAAAACUAUAUUUUGUAAUGCUUGAGUAGAAAAUAAAAACAGAAAAAAAAUUUCUAACUACAAGAAAUUUGUGUUUUAUCCAGAUAUUAACAUCGACCUCUGCUAAAUCAAUGAUAAAUGAUGAUGCGAGUACCGCUUCAAAUCCGCCUUAAUAUUGAAUAAAUUCAAUUUUUUCAUUCAAACCAUGACAGAAAAACAUUACUGUAAGAAAUAUCCAAUAUCAUUCUUUGAGAUUUGGACGAAUGCACGCGCGGGGAUCACAACUGCGACCAACACGCCCGAUGCUCGAACAACGAGGGAUCUUUCACCUGCCAAUGUCUUCCCGGAUACUCCGGCGACGGCCGCACCUGUCUCAGUUUGUUUUUGAGCUUUUCAAUGUAGCUUAUCAUAACUUCCGUCAAAAAUAGGUAUAUAAUCAAUGAAUAAAGGCUGUCUGAAGAAAGGAAAUCAUGAAGAUAUUGGUCCAGGAGAACAGCGAGGACAUGCACCUCAGCCAGCUCAAGCAGUUCAAAUGGAAAACGGAGCCGGAGCAGAUGGAUCCUGCACGAAUCACCGACAGUGUCAUCAGUGGGGAGAGUGUGUCUUCACCUCGGAGAAUCCAACAGGAAAGUGUCGCUGCCGCGGCUGGUACACGGGCGACGGCGUCGAGCACUGUGGUCCUCCCAACGGUUGGAACUUCUCAAGGGACGUCUCGACAGUUGGUUUCAGAGAAGCCCAAGCAGAACGUGAACAUUCCGAAACGUGGAGGCAAACCGUGCGGCUCUUCUGUGUGCGACCUCAAUGCAGAAUGUAUGCCAGAUCCGAGUGGAGGGGUUUUUUUUUUCGAGAAUAUUCUUACCGACUUUUUUGUCGUUUCCAGUCGGAAUGUGUCUGUCGCGCUGGAUUUUCGGGCAACGGACUCACUUGCGAGGCUCUUCUGGAGGAGACCCCCAGGAACCCCGAACCUCAGGCAGCUCUUGGUAAUUCUUCAAAAAAUUCACAGUUAUAGGUGUCAAUCUGAUAACAAAAUUCAUUAGAAUUUUUCAAACAGAAAACCCCAUCUAUAGUGUUAACUGAAGUUGGACUCAAUUAAUCAAAUCAAAUCCAUUUUUUUCUACUUCUAACUACAGAUAAUUAAUGCUGACCGUAUUCUCUAAAUUACGCCUUUUUCCAUUAAGGAUUUUUUUCUUUCAUCUACAUGUUUUUUGAUAUCGUUUUCCAAUUUUUUAUACUUCUUUUCCGUUGAAAUCAUCGCGCCUAGGUGUGACUGCAAAAAAAGGCAUAACUUUUAUGAACUAUUGUGAGAUGAUAUACUGACGAUUUUCAAGCCGCCAGUUUUUGAAGAUUGAAAUGGAGCGUGUUAGAUGCUUCGCCUUCCUUAUUACUUUUCAAAUUCUCAACUUCUACUUUUUGUUCUUUUGGAUUUGGUUGAAACAGAUUUUCAAAAAUGUUCACAAUGCCUAGGGGGCGCAAAGCCCCGCCCCUUCACGCCACCAAAAUGACGGUUUUUUGUUGCAAAAACGGUUUUGAGGCUUUUAUACUAGCUUAAGUCCCGCUUUAAAAAACUAACUGUUUCUGGUUAUCUUCAUAAUCGACAACGCUCUACAAGACUGAAUAUUUUAAAAACUAUGUGUUUUUCAAAAAUAAGCAAAAAAGUAAGAUUCAACACGAAAAAAACUGACAAGUUUCAUAAAAUCGUCGCGUUUCAGAAAACCAAGUGAGGAACGCUUUUAAAUUUUGAGUAUGUUAUAUAUUAACACUGUCUUCAUUUUUUUCGAGUAAAAAAAUUUUUAAAAAAAUCUAACGACGCGAAAAAUUCGAAGCUUGUAAAGUGACACCAAACUUUGAAGCUGAAAUGCGAAAAAAACUUCAGCGACAUGGUAUACUUUUUUUAUUUGAUUUAAAAAAACUCACAAUGUGUUCAAAAAAAUAAAAAAAUUCAGAAUGAAAAAUAAUUAUUGGGACAGCGAAUCAAAUUAUAUUUGAAUUUUAGCAAAACCUCCUUUUUUUCGCCUGCCUCGUUGACGCAUGAGAGAAUAGGAUCGCGUCUAUAUUUAUGAUUAUGUUAUUAAGCGUUCAAAAACUCUAUCAAUGAAAAAAAUUAUGAAAAAUCUAACGACGCGAAAAAAAUAACGACUUUGAAAAACCUCGAAAAAAAUGACAAUUUUUUUGAAAUUUUGGAAGAAUUCGUGCAGGUGCUAGCAGUGUUUGCGUCAAACACACCGAUGCCCCUUUUAAUUGUUGCAGGAGCCGUUUUUCGUAUUCAAAUUGCACUUUUUCCUGUUUCAUUUCGAAAUAACAUUAUUUUUUUCAUCUUUUUCUUUUUUUCCAACCCAAAUGAUAAUAAUUUUUCUGAUUAGAAAGAAAGAAAAAUUAGCUGAAAAUUCUUUCUGACCUUUUUCUAAGUAGUUUUUUGAUAUUUUAUCAAAAAUUCUUAUGAGGAUUGUACAAAAGAUUCAUACCAAAACAUGAAGCUCAACCUCUCAGAACAGAAAACCGAUUUGAAAACGGUUCAAAAAUGCGCAAAAACAUUUAAAAAGAAAGCGUGCGGCAGCGGGUAAACCGUGAGAUUUUGCCUCCAGUUGUACGCCGCGCGCGCUAGUUUUUUGGCCAUAACUUUUUUCUUAGUGAACCUUUUUUCAAAAACUGAACGAGUUAUGAAAAUUGACAGUCUCUUCUAUCGAAUAGUGUGAAAAACAUAUUUUUUGGAUCGUUUUGAAGAAAUGGCUUGCGGUCCCUAACAAUGCCAUGAAAAAAAUUGAAAAAGUAAAAAAUGAACUUUAAAACUCACAUUAUUCAUUGUUCACUUCCUCACAGUCUUCAUAAUUACGUUUCUUUCGAAAUCCAUUUAGAACUAAUGAAAAAUUUUCAAUUUCCUACUUGCUAAUGUUUUUCAGAUUGAAAUUGUUUUUCAAAUCGUAUUACAUUUGGUAUGUCUACUAACAUGGGAAAAUUUUUAUUAGCUGAGUUUUCAGGAAAAGUUUGUCGAUCGCACGAAGAAUGCAGCGAACACGGGAGCUGCGCCUACCAUCCUCACCUGGGCUACUAUCAAUGCUCCUGUCGGGAGCCGUACGUCGGCAACGGAGUCGACUGCACUCUUCCUGGCGCCGCUCCGAUCCCCGGAGGUUUGUUGUCUCCCUCCCCUCGACGUCUCCCCGCUUUUGCACGGCUUUUCCGCUUUAAGCUGAAGCCGUCGGUUGCGACGUCACCAAUGACUGCUCGGAAUUCGCCGACUGCGUCUACGAGAGGACCGACGCCGGCGUCAACUUCAAGUGCGUCUGCAAGGCCGGCUACACUGGCGACGGGAAGUAUUGUAUGCAGUCGCAGCUGGCCAUCGUCGGCCUCGCGCCUCGUAAGCUUCCUUGCAUGGUUGGGCAGAAGUAGAACAACUUUCAAAAAACUAAAAAAAAAUUGAUUUAUCACAAAUGCUUCAAAAGCUGCUGCUUUCGCCCACUCAUAUUUUCUUGCUUUUGCCUUUUCUGUUUUCUUUCCCUCUAUCGCUUUCCUAUCCUCUGUUCCUCUAGCGCCCCAACCUCCCCUCGGCCAGCAGCCUGGCUGUGACCAGCUCCGAAACUGUGGAACCAACGCUCAGUGCGUCUUCGACGAUCACAACAGGUCUUUCAUGUUUUAUGGAAACUCAGUAUCAUCUUUUCCAGGAGAUACAAGUGUGAGUGUCAUCAAGGAUUUACUGGGGACGGCCAGACUUGCGUCGCCCUGGCUUCACCUUCUUCAGCUGGCGCAGAACAGCCGCCGAAGAAGGCGUGCCGAGACCAGUCCGAGUGUCACGCCAACGCUCACUGUGUGAUCGACGAGUUUGGAGCCGGAGAGUACGUCUGCGAAUGUCUGCCUGGAUUUUCUGGUGACGGCGACACGAGUUGCGUUAUCUCUGGUAAGUUGAACUGAAGCAUUCUCGCGAUAAGUACCUGAGUAUAGCUACGCGAUUAUUUCAAGAUUUAAGUAUGACUAAAGAUUUUAAGAACCUGAAUUUGUCUAACUCAGACUCGAAAAAACGCCGACCUGUAAGAAAAUGGUUUUCUCAAACUUACACAUUUGUUCAGUCUUCGGAGAAGAUUCUCUGCUGAAUCACGAAAUAAUUGGAGAGCUGUUGUUGUUUCGCGAAACUUUCAUUGAUCAAUUUUUGGCAGAGUAUUAAACAAUAUUGGAGUUUCCGAUGAUCAGUUUCCGAUGAUCAACUCCACCAUUCUUGAGCUUACUGAAAAGAAAAAAAAUAGUCAAACGUUUCGAACGUUUCUUUUUCUUUUACUUCAAACAUUUUUUUUCGAAAAAAAACUGCUUAUCCGAUUUCAAACAGUUUUCGAAUCCAGAUCAAUGCAACCCAAGUGACCCGAGCUCCUGUCGACAGAAUGCGAAAUGCACAUUCAGCGAUGUCCACAACGCGUUCGCCUGCCAAUGUGUUGAAGGUGCGGCAAAACACGUUCCUUUCCGUUCCAAAGGGAACCUUCAGGCUUCAAAGGCAACGGUCACGACUGCGUUCCUUUCGCUCCUGCGACAACGUGUCGCGAAAGUCCGCGAAUCUGCCACGCUAACGCCCAAUGCGUUUUCCACCAGGAAUCCAACUCUCACAUUUGCCUCUGCAAGCCUGGCUCCGUCGGCGACGGCUACAAAGCCUGUGACGUCGUGGGUAGGGUUUCCCAGGGAUGGAAAGAAUUUGAGAUCAGUUUUGUAGAAGUCCCUCGGUGCAGCAACUGCUCAGCCAAUGCUCAUUGUGCUCAGUCGCUCACUUCCGGCGGAUUCAGUUGCAAAUGCAAUGCGGGAUUCCACGGAAACGGCCAAUUGUGUGUGGCGAUGAGUGAGUCCAUUUAAUACGAUCCAACUGUAGAGAGGACUUGGUCCUCAAAGUAUUUUUCGGAAAAAUGAAGAUUGGUUCAGGAAUUGAGCGUCAUUUCUUAGAGUAAAGCGCUCGAAGCAGAAAAUUAACUCUGGAAUUUUGAAAGUUCUACGCUAGAAGUGCUCAGAAAUCGAGCGGGCUUCAUUUUCUUCAAUAUCAAGACGACGAAAACUUUUUGAGCGAGUUGGAAGAGUCUUUUUGAAAGUUAAGAAUUUUAAUUCAUAGGAAGCUUUUUGAUUCAAACUCAAGUUUCAUCAUUUAUCAAAAAUUAUUUGCAUGUAGAAUCGUUUCUCGGUUCAUGAAGGACUCUUGCAGCGUCGUGUCUGGAUGACAAGUCGCAGUGCGAUUCUCACGCAGACUGCGUUCCAGGCGAGGGCGGCCACUACGUCUGCAACUGCCAUUACGGCUAUCACGGCGACGGUCGAACCUGCUCUCGUGAGAUUUUUCGUCUUCUCAGCCCUCGAACUUCUUUCUAUAGUUUUCAGAAUCGUUUUCAGAAAUCUAUCUUCCUUUGAAGAAAACUGGUCCUUUUUUCCAGUCUUUCCUCCCAACGCUUUCUAUAUUUUUGCUGAGGUUAUACAUGGAUGUGACGUGCUAGUCUUCACCCCGUUCAGUUUCUCCUUUCUCCUUUGUUUUUCUGCUUUUUCACCCAUGCUUGGUUCAUUUCCUCAGUUUCUUCCAAUAGCUUCAUGCAGUUACCCGAGUUAUCUCACCAGAGUUACUUUAGCCGAGUCGUCGGAAUCUAGAAGCGAGACGCUUCUCGUCGCCCGCGGCAUGGCCAUUUUCGAACGAUCUACCAAACCCGAAGUUUUCGGCAAACAAGUUUGUUAUUCUUUUUGUCGAUUUAUUUGAGACUGUUGGAACUUUAGCUUAUCGUCAUUCCUCAUCACAUUCCUGUUGGCAUUGACUUUGACUGUAAGGACAAGAAAAUCGUUUGGAGCGACAUAUCCGGUUUGUAGUUCUACUUAUUUUUCACAUUCAAACCAUCUUCCGUUGUCGGAAAAGAUUACUGAUUUCGUUCAAAUUGAAGGAAUCUUUUUUUUCUCUGAGAAAUUUUGUUAAUAUGAAAAGGGUAAAGGUCAUCGAAAUAAUAAAUUCAAAAUAGUUUCACCAUAGACUGCGGACAAGGGUUGACCCUAUUUUUGUAAGAGUUAAAAACGGCUUGGGAUCCUCAGGUCACUCGAUUCGGACAGCGUCGCUCAACGGAACGGACCACAAGUCGUUCCUGACGCAGGAGUUGAGCAGUCCCGAAGGAAUCGCCGUCGACUGGUCGGCCCGCAACGUCUACUACGCAGACUCCCUCAACGACGAGAUCGGCGUCGCCUCCCUCGACGGCAAGUACAAAAAGGCGUUGAUCACGGAGGGACUCGUCAAUCCACGUUCGCUGGCCAUCGACCUCAACGCCAAGCAUCUCUACUACUCGGACUGGCACCGCGAGAAUCCUUACAUCGGUCGCGUUGAUUUAGAUGGCAGAAACAACAGGCAAGUCUCAACUAUACAAUGAAAAGUCUCUCCGUGAAACCUUGCAUUUUCGAUAUUUGGAACCUGGUUCGGGACUUUUGAGGUGAAGUGAGCGUGGCUCUGCGGUCCUGAGCUUUGAGAAAACAAAAAACUUCUGAAAGUUACAUUGAACCUCCUCGUUUUUGUACUUUAAAGAACUUCUGUACCAGAUCAUUCAUACAAAUUUUUCGAAUUUUUUGAGCCAAUAAUGUUUUUAUCGGCCAUUCAGGGUGUUCCUCAACGAAGACGUGCAUCUUCCGAACGGUUUGACCAUCUUGCCGAACCGCCGAGAACUCUGCUGGGUGGACGCUGGCAGCCAUAAGUGAGAGAAUUCUUCGAAGAGCCACCCACGCCUUCUCUUGCUUCAGAUUGUCUUGCAUUGGCUUCAACGGAGGCGGUCGACGCGUCGUUUUCGCCUCAUUGCAGUAUCCUUUCGGACUGACACACGACAACGAGGCGCGCUUCUACUGGACCGACUGGAAAGAGUGAGUCGCAGCUUCUGAAGUCACAGUAAACCGUUGCCCUCUAUAGUAAUCGCGUUCACUCGGUCGGCGUUUACGGCGAAGGAUAUGGUUCUUUCCAAAUUUCUCUCGGUGGAUCGGGAAAGGUUUUCGGCAUCCUCAGCCUUCCCAAGCACUGCGUUGGAGGUUUGAACACUUAACUCCGAAAAUUAUAAAGCUAGAAGGGCUUCGAACAAAGUCAAAAAACAGCUUUAAAGUGGAAAGUAUGAACUAAGUAUGAAUCGUUCGAAACGAAUUCGCACAGGACAUCAAAAUGGAAUUUUUUUUUUGGUGGAGAUCAAAGGUUCGAUCUUUUCAACUUGUACAGCAAUUAACUUCCGUUCCUUUUUCGGGCUUUCUCGCAAUUCAGACUUGAGCAGAACUUUCUUCUCUCAAAUUGGCAUGAAAAAGAAAAGAUUUAUAUGACGUGUUUUGCAGCGGCGAACGAGUGCGGCACGGACAACGGCGGCUGCAAAUAUCUCUGUCUUCCAAGUCAGCAAGGAGUCCGAUGCGAGUGUCCAGACAACGUCUCCGGCUGCUAG